AUGCAAUGGAGCGUGAUUCAACAUUUUCCGACUCCUCCGCCAUCCAAGUACUAUCUUGUUGAUUCUGGUUAUGCUAACACAAGAGGAUAUUUAGCUCCAUUUAGAGGUCAUAGGUAUCAUUUGCCACAUUUUCAAGUAGGCUCUCCACCUAGAGAUGAAGAAGAGUUAUUUAAUAGAUGGCAUUCUUCUCUCCGCUCAGUGAUCGAACGAACAUUUGGAGUUUGGAAGAAAAAAUGGAGAAUUUUAUCAGAGUUUCCGAGAUAUGAUCUGGAAACACAAAACAAUAAUCAUAGCACAGCUGGUUUGCAUAACUUCAUUCGUCUUUCUCAAAUUCCAGAUUUUGAUUUUGAUGAUGCUUUACAUGUUGACGCAAUUCCAAGAGAAAUGGAGAAGGUGGAGAGAAUGAAGAAGUAA